UCACCACGCGUUUUGUUCUGCGUAUCUAGUGACAUAGUGAGUAGUUAGAAAAAAUUGACCAUAGGUCAGUCUGCUCGUGUCGAGUAUUCAUAUGAACCACUUGGAAUUGCACCACAGGCUGGGUAGAUAGGAAUAAAAUUGUUUGAAGGAAGUUUGUCUUGUUUUAAGCUAGUGAAAAAGGAAGCUAAUACGAAAAACUUUCAACAUGUCUACCGUCGACAAGGAAGAGCUAGUUCAGAAGGCAAAACUAGCCGAACAGUCUGAACGAUAUGAUGAUAUGGCACAGGCAAUGAAAUCAGUAACAGAAACUGGUGUUGAAUUGUCAAACGAAGAGAGGAACCUGCUGUCCGUCGCUUACAAGAAUGUUGUCGGUGCACGAAGAUCAUCGUGGCGAGUGAUAUCGUCCAUCGAACAGAAAACCGAAUCCUCUGCCCGCAAACAACAACUAGCCCGCGAGUACCGAGAACGAGUUGAGAAGGAACUGAGGGAAAUAUGUUAUGAAGUGUUGGGUCUAUUGGAUAAAUUCCUAAUUCCCAAAGCUAGUAAUCCAGAGAGUAAGGUGUUUUAUCUUAAAAUGAAAGGAGAUUACUACCGAUACCUAGCUGAAGUAGCCACUGGCGAAACACGCCACACUGUAGUCGACGAUUCCCAAGCUGCGUACCAGGAUGCCUUUGAAAUUAGUAAAGGCAAAAUGCAACCAACACACCCUAUUCGGUUGGGUCUUGCGCUCAAUUUUUCAGUCUUCUAUUAUGAGAUCUUAAAUUCUCCCGACAAAGCCUGCCAGCUGGCUAAACAGGCAUUCGAUGAUGCGAUUGCUGAGCUGGACACACUGAACGAGGAUUCCUAUAAAGAUUCUACACUCAUCAUGCAGCUGCUGCGAGACAACCUUACGCUGUGGACGUCCGAUACCCAAGGCGACGGGGAUGAACCACAAGAAGGAGGCGAUAAUUAACCAAACUAAAAUUAAAGCAAAACAAACAUUAACUAGCAACAUCCCCGCCCCUUCAAAAAACUGACACAAACACAUUAACAAGCAACAAAUGUGAAAAAUAGAAAUUCUUUCUCUAUUGAUUGAAACAAGAUCAAUGGAAAGAGAUAGCAACAAAGAAGACGAUAAGAGAUGAGACCGAAAGUAGGAGUGCAACGAGAGUAGCUUCCCGCGAAAUAGCAAACCAAGAGCGAUAAUGCAAUUUAAUACAUCGCAGUAGCGCAGCAACAGCAAAAAUGUGAAGCAAGGCAAAAACAAUCGCAGUGAGGGGCCGAGGAAAACAUGGCAUGCUGCCUGUCGUUCUAACGGAAAGAAAAACGACGACAAACAAGAUAUUGGUUAAUUUUGGGUUUUGCAUUACUUUCGAAACAAUCGCGUACUCAACUGUUAGCUGACGAGAAGGCGAAGGGAGGCACUUGCCAAGGAAAACAUUGCAUGUAGUGAAAAGCAGAUAAUAUUGGGUGUCUCGUUCGUCGGUGUCCAAGCGCACAGUGUUUGUUGUAUGUCGGCGAAAAGAGCAAGUCUGCAUGGAAUAAAAGAUCAAUAUUACAAGAAGAAGAUGAAGACAACGCACCGUGUUAGAACAAAAGUGAAACGCAAGUUUCCUCUAAGUGCUAUAAGCAAAAAAAAGCGAGAAAGAAAACUAUCUUUGGUUUCAUUGGAUGAGUAGAAGAAUGAUGAUGCAGGCAAGACGAAAUAUAAUGCUGAAAGCGUUGAAAAUUCGAAAACGGUCGACAGCUUGAACCGUUAUAAAGAGCGAUGAUCAAUCGACUUUGCGAACUUAAUGAUAACGAUGAGUGGCAAACCAAACAAAGUCAAGUACAUGUUUAUAUGUAUGUUCUAUUGCUAUCAGACCUCUCCCCAACUGCCUCCUUGCCCAGAAUACUUUUCCUUAAGAUAUGUGUAAUGGCGUUGUGGUUUCCCUAUCUCCUAAAACAGGGCUAUAAGAUCGAAGGAUGAGAUUUUUUGCGUGAGGAAUGUUAACGGAACUGAAUACACUCUCCUCUCCGUCGGUUGAAUGUACCACUUAUAAAGCACACAUGAUGCCUUAAUUGGCAGAAGCGUGAUAUGUUUUAUCAUGGUCAUUUUCGACAAAAAAGACAUGGAAACAUUAUUUCGUGCGUUUACUUAAAUCUCUGAUUGAGAGUCCUAACAGAAUGUCGGAUCGAUGUUAGAAAGACAGUUGACUGGAAGAUUCAGAGUAUAGUUUGGAUUUAUGCUGUGGUUUCAGUCUUAUCAGACGACCACAAGUUCUAUUUGCACUGUUUGUUUCAAUUGCCCGAAAGCGAACUUAGAGGAAAUGUUGUAUUCAUGUAUUAUUUUGUACCCUUACAACCCAAGGUGCACCAUUCAGAUGUGUAUGUGUUGUGUGAAGAGAUAAACUGUUGGGAUGCAAACUUACAUACUAGCAUGAAACCAAACAUGUACUAUUGUAGAAGUAAGAUUGUAUGAGCGGUGCGUUCCCCUUUUGUGGAAAGGAAUGACAAAUUCUUCAUGAAUAUGUAAUGGCAA